CUUUCUCAGAGACUUUUUUUUUUUUUUCAGCUUCAGCUCGCCCGUCAAGUCAUUCACAUUUUCUGUCAAUAUUCCUGAGGCACUGAUAAAGAGCGAGAGAGAGAGCGAGAGAGCGAGAGUUCGACCAUAUCUGACAUGCCGGACUGGCUGCCAUCAGAAGCCAGGCUCAAUGCCACUGCGAAUCAGCUCUACUUUGUGAUUCACGCUGGACUUGGCCACCAGUCGGACAUGGCUGGUCUUCAGCAGAGCGAUUGCUGCACUGUCUGUCGCUGGGCCACGGCACCGUCGUCGUCGUCGUCCACGCUCAAGCCAGCCGCGACGCCGACGACGAGUAGGACGGAAGCGCGGGAAACAGAGCCGCGGGAACGAGCGCCUCCUCUGUGCUGCCCGCGCCCGUUUCGCCGCGCAGACCGCCUCAAGCCGCUGGCUGCCGACACGAGUAGUACUGGCAAUAGUGCUAGUCGACGAUUCGCGCACCACCGCGACGGCAUCCAAAGACCAAGCUGGACUGCAGCGCGAAUUCACAAGAAGCAGUUCCCGCCAAAACGGUUUCAGAGUGACUUUGAGCACCCGUCAAGAGGGACGUCAACGUCGAGGAGUGCCGCAUUGGCGCAAUGCCAACGACGUGAUGAUGGAGUCACUGCGAUGGACGAGCAAGAGUCGACGUCGGAUGUCGAGGUCACGCAUGUGGUCGGCCCAGCGCUGUGCAGUUUGAUGCAAAAGCUGCACUGGCUCGCUCAGACGUCCGACAAGGUGCAUUCAGUCACAAUGUCCAACGGCUGGGCGCAUUUCAUGGAUGUGCAUGCGGCUGCUGCCUUCAUCCCGACUCUGCAAACGCGCAUCAACGAAGCGGCAGACCAAUACCGAAACUGCCUCAUCCACGACUCGGCGCUGUCGAAGCACAUCGAGAACAGCAACCAUGAGAGUGAUGAUGAUGAUGAUGAUGAUGCUGACGAGCCCGACUCCGACGAUACAGUGCUCUACCAGGAGGGUGACUAUGACGGCGAAGUGUACGCCCAAGAAGACGAUCUUGACUCGAACAAUCACGAGAAUGAUCAGCUCGUCCACAACUGCGCUGGUCUGAGGGAGGACACUGUCACCGAAACACAGUCGUGCCCACCACCGGUAAAGCCACUGCACGAGCAAGUCACUACCUAUUCUCCACUGCCAAUCGCGCCCGCACUGCCCGUGAAGCCGGAAACAUUUGCCGACGGCGCAGAAUUCGGACCAUCCCCGCUUUUGUCUCGCAUUCAGGAGCGCCAGUCCACCAUUUCACGAGGCUCGCCCGUCAUCAGAAACCUGAACGCUUCACUCCCCGACAGCAUGCCCGUUGCAACGCAGGGCAUUAUUCCGGGGAGCAUACCCGCCUCGGAGGUCGGUCAUCAUCGCAACGAGGUUGCUCUCCCACUGACACUCACCACCCCGUCCGUAUCGGCGAUACUGUCACCCGUGAAGGAGCUCGCGGGCUCUUUGAUACACGAAGCAUCGCUCUCCUCCGCCACGCCGCCGCAGCCCCCGCAACGGACGGCAGGCACGCUGGUGGACAUUGAUCGAGCUCUCCACCUUCGUGUUGGUUUGAGUCUUGUCGGCCAUCCGCCCGCGCCGACUUCCACCUCGGCUGCUGGCGGCGUGUCCCUUUCCUUGAACACCCCAUCCCGAUUCUUUUCGCGGGUAGCGAGCAUGCUGGAACAGACACCUGCGGGAUGCACCAACGUUUGGCGUCGUACGGGCUCCAUGCAGCCAAACACGGGCCCUGUGGCGAACGACUUGAACAUGUUUUUGGGUUCAUUUUCGUUUAGCGAGUUGGAGGAUCCUGAUUGGUCGUUGCCUCAGUCGCUGUCAUUCCAGAAUCUUCCAAGCCUCCAGCCAGACUCUGCAGCACAGCCCCGUCCACCUUCAGCGGAUGGUGCUGCAACUGGAACAUUUGCCGCACCCGACACUGGUUUGUAAUCUUUCACCCAUUCCAUUUUAUCACUGCUAUAUAUUUGUGCGCGGGUUGAUGUCAAAACGUUUAAGUUAUUCAAUGUUUAUUUUUGAU